UCACCAUAUAUGGUCAGGGCGGGGGCGGGCGUUCCAGGUUCCAGUAGGCGUGGCGCUACGUACCACGUCACUGCUGCGUCACCUCCUGCUCCUCCUUUCCGGUCCGAUCCCAACAUGGCGCCGCUGAAACCGAAGAGACCGACUGUCAGUAGAAAGUCCAAGAAGGGAGCUGCCUGGAAGUUCACCUUGGACCUGACCCACCCCGUGGAGGAUGGGAUCCUGGACUCUGCCAACUUUGAGUCCUUCCUCAAGGAGAGGAUCAAGGUCAACGGGAAGACGGGGAAUCUGGGCGGCGUCGUCCAGGUCGGCCGCAUGAAGAACAAGAUCAACGUCACGUCUGAGAAGCAGUUCUCCAAAAGGUAUCUGAAGUACCUGACGAAGAAGUACCUGAAGAAGAACAACCUGCGUGACUGGCUCCGGGUGGUGGCGUCGGACAAGGAGACGUACGAGCUGCGCUACUUCCAGAUCAGUCAGGACGACGAGGAGUCGGAGGCAGACGAGUGAACGCGACUUGUGUCUGUGUGACGGCAGCUUGAAGAAAAUAAAUGUGGGAAAAAUAAA